AACUCAGCCACCUGCUCUCGGAGAAAGCAGCUGGGGGCGGAGACGGAGAUCAGCUCUGCGCUUUGCGGCAUUGUAUGACGUCACAUAGGCGUGGCUUCGGAGGCGAGCGAAGGGCGGGACCAAGGCCAAGAGCCCGACAGUUUCGCCACUCACACUUGCGGAAGAGUUAACGGGACAGCGGUGCAGGCCAAUCGCAACCAGUCUUCUGGAGGCAGGGAGACUGGGGUGGAGACUUCGGAGACUGCAGUUGCAGUUGUUCCGUGUAGGCUGUUGUUGACUCUCGUAUGAAAGCCCACGCGAUCCAAGUGCCCUGCAGGUUUUGGUCCAGGGAAAAGUUGGUCUCUGCAGAUGACUGUAAAUGACUACCUGGAGGUCGAUUAAAGUGCGGUACUGCGGGAUUCAGCCGAUUUCCUUCUUCCUCUGACUGCCCGGAAAUAUCAGCCAAAGGCCAGCGGCUGAAGUGCAAUGUUGGGAUCUCAGCUCACUGCAACCUCCACCUCCUGGGUUCAAGCAAUUCUCCUGCCUUAGCCUCCCGAGUAGCUAGGACUACAGGUCAUAUGUUAUCAACAUUGUUAAGUCAAGAUUUGAACUGUUGUGACAGUUAAUUUCAUUUAUAAGCUUGCCUGGGCCAUCCGGUGCCCAGACAUUUGGUCAGACAUUCUGAAUGUGUCUAUAAGGAUAUUUCUGGAUGAGAUUAACAUGUGAAUCAGGAGACCAAGUAAAGCAGAUUUUCCUGUGUGGUGGGGCCUUAUCCAAUCAAAUGAAGAAUUGAAUAGAAUAAAAGACUGAGUAAUAGGAAAUUUAUCCUGCCUAUUUGAGUUGGGACAUACAUCAGUCUUUUCCUGCCAUUGGACUCAAAUUGAAAAACUGACUCCUCUUGGGUCUUAGGCUUGCCGGCUUUUGGACUGAAACUUACACCAUUGGCUGUUGUGGUUCUCAGGCCUUUGGACUUGUACUGAAACUGUACUGUCAGCUCUCCUGGGUAUCCAGCUAAGUAGUUGUAGAUCUUGGAACUUCUUAGCCUCUAUUAUCACAUGAGCUUAUAAUAAAUCAAUCUUUCACUGUCUCUCUCUCUUGCUCUCUCUCUCUGCCCUCAUCUUCAUCCAUCAUAUUGGUUUUAUUUUCUCUAGUUCCUUUUCCUCAGAAAUAACCUCCAAGCCUUUCAUUAUCUCUCUUCCUGCAUGAUACCCACUCUCAUUUUUAAUAUGUCUCCCUAUUCAUAGUUACUCAGAACACUACACACAAAAUGAUUUCUACUAGUCACUUAGAUUUCCAGCAGUACUGCCAGUUACAACCUAUUACUUUCUCCUGCACACACAAGCACAUACACACCUCCACAACCACACACACAUUCACACAGGCACGCUAUUUUUCCACACAGUAUAAUGGCUAUCCAGUGGAACUUUCUGUGAUGAUGAGAAUGUUUUAUAUUUGCUUUGUAUAAUAUAGUAGUCACUAGGCAGAUGUAUUAGUCUGACUUAUUCAGAAAAACAGAACUAAAGGGAUAUGUAUAUAUAGAUAGAUAUAUAUAGAGAGAUAUAGAUAUAGAUAUACACACACACUAGAUAUAUAUGUAUAUGUAUUUGUACUAUACAUAUGUAUAGGUAUUUUUACUAUAUAUGUAUAUGUGUUUGUAAUAUAUAUAUAUGGAAAGAGACAGACAGAAAAACUAUAAAGAAUUACCUCAUGUGAUUAUGGAGGCUGAGAAGACCCAAGAUUUGUAGUCAGCAAGCAGGAGACUUAGGAGAGCUGAUGGUAUAGUUCCAGUUUGAGUUCCAGCUUGAAGUCAGGCAGAAAGAAAGAGUUCUUUCUUAUUCAGUCUUUUGUUCUAUUCAGACCUUCAACAGACAGGCUGAGGCACAUCUACAGUGGGGAGGACAAUCUGCUUUACUCAGUGUACCAAUUCAAAUGUUAAUCUCAUCUAGAACACUCUCACAGACAUACCCAGAAGUAAUGUUUAACCAAAAAUGUGGGCACUUUGUGUCCCAAACAAAUUGUCACUCAUCACACCACAUAUGACUGACCACUUAAAUGUGGCUAGAGCAAUGAGGGACCUGAAUUUUUAGUUUUAUUUACUUACAAGGAAUUUAAAUAGCUACACAUGGCUCAUGGUUACUGUAUUGCAUAGCACAACAGUAGAUUGUCUUGGUCCUGGAAUGGAGCUUUAAUUGAUGCUGUAGGACAAUUUGGACUACUUCUCCAGUAUCUAGCUUCCACCUAGGCCUCUUGGAACACCUGCUCUGGGAGAACCAAGCUUCAUGCAAGAAGCCCAGCCACUCUGAGACUGUCAUGCUGUGAAGAAGCACCAGCUAGCCACUUGGAGAGGUUCUAAGGACGUAUGGAAUUGGCUAUGGAUAAUUCAUAUGCUUUCAAUCAACGAAGCACCUGUAAUGGAAUUCCAUCUGAGAAGAAAAACAACUUUCUUGUAUCAGAAGAUCAUGGACAAAAAAUCUUAAGUGUACUACAGAAUUUUAGAGAACAAAAUGUCUUUUAUGAUUUCAAAAUAAUUAUGAAAGAUGAAAUAAUCCCGUGUCAUCGUUGUGUGUUAGCAGCAUGCAGUGACUUUUUCAGGGCUAUGUUUGAAGUAAACAUGAAAGAAAGAGAUGAUGGAAGUGUUACCAUUACUAAUUUGUCCUCCAAAGCAGUAAAAGCAUUUCUCGAUUAUGCCUAUACUGGAAAAACAAAAAUAACAGAUGAUAAUGUGGAAAUGUUCUUCCAGUUGUCAUCAUUUCUUCAAGUUUCCUUCCUAUCCAAAGCUUGCAGUGACUUUUUAAUAAAAAGUAUUAAUCUUGUCAAUUGUUUACAGUUAUUAUCUAUAUCAGAUAGCUAUGGCUCCACCAGUUUGUUUGAUCAUGCAUUACACUUUGUACAACAUCACUUUUCUUUAUUAUUUAAAUCCAGUGAUUUCUUAGAGAUGAAUUUUGGAGUACUACAGAAAUGUCUGGAAUCAGAUGAAUUAAAUGUUCCUGAAGAAGAAAUGGUACUGAAAGUUGUCCUUAGUUGGACUAAACAUAACUUAGAAUCAAGGCAAAAGUAUCUGCCUCAUUUGAUUGAAAAAGUGAGAUUACAUCAGUUGUCUGAGGAGACACUUCAGGACUGUCUGUUCAAUGAAGAGAGUUUACUCAAAAGUACAAACUGUUUUGACAUAAUCAUGGAUGCAAUUAAGUGUGUGCAAGGUUCUGGUGGACUCUUCCCUGAUGCUCGACCAUCCACAACUGAGAAAUACAUAUUCAUUCACAAAACUGAGGAAAAUGGAGAAAAUCAAUAUACAUUUUGCUAUAACAUUAAAUCUGAUUCAUGGAAAAUACUGCCGCAGUCACACCUGAUUGAUUUGCCAGGAUCUAGUCUUUCGAGUUACGGAGAGAAAAUAUUCUUGACAGGUGGUUGCAAAGGGAAAUGUUGUCGAACGGUUCGACUGCAUAUUGCCGAGUCAUAUCAUGAUGCCACUGAUCAAACCUGGUGCUACUGUCCAGUCAAAAAUGAUUUCUUCUUGGUAUCAACUAUGAAAACACCAAGAACCAUGCAUACAUCAGUUAUGGCUCUCGAUAGAUUAUUUGUCAUAGGUGGAAAAACUAGAGGAUCCCGGGACAUUAAAAGUCUCUUAGAUGUUGAAUCUUACAAUCCUCUUUCCAAAGAAUGGAUAUCUGUUAGCCCAUUACCCAGAGGCAUAUACUAUCCAGAAGCAAGCACAUGCCAAAAUGUAAUUUAUGUUCUUGGAUCAGAGGUAGAGAUUACAGAUGCUUUUAACCCAUCACUUGAUUGCUUUUUUAAAUACAAUGCUACAACUGAUCAGUGGUCUGAACUAGUAGCAGAGUUUGGGCAAUUUUUUCAUGCCACAUUAAUUAAAGCUGUACCAGUAAACUGUACACUGUAUAUAUGUGACCUUUCCACCUAUAAGGUUUAUAGUUUUUGUCCAGACACUUGUGUUUGGAAAGGCGAAGGAUCUUUUGAGUGUGCAGGCUUUAAUGCAGGUGCAAUUGGAAUUGAAGAUAAAAUUUAUAUAUUAGGUGGUGAUUAUGCACCAGAUGAAAUCACAGAUGAAGUGCAGGUCUACCACAGCAACAGGUCUGAAUGGGAAGAAGUUUCACCAAUGCCUAGAGCCUUAACAGAAUUUUACUGCCAGGUGAUUCAGUUUAAUAAAUACAGAGACCCAUGGUUUUCUAAUCUAUGUGCUUGAACAUUCUAAAACGAGUCCAGUUCUAGUAACCUAAAGUAAAUUUGUUAACCAAAAUGAUAGGUAAAAAGAUCUAUACAUCUUAAUGACAUAAAACGUUCCUGCUUUUAGUUAUUAUGUAUGUACACCAUAUAUGAAUAGACAGUUUCCAAAAACUUAAAAUACAAAAUAUAUUUUACCAAAAAUUAUACUGAAUAUAAUUUAACCUUGGGGAAUCUAGAAUACUUAGUAUUUUCACAUGAAACUACAAAUCAUAGACUCUGACACUUUGAUUUUUAAAGUACUCCGUCCAUAAAAGAUUUGUACUAUUUAGAUGGGAGAAAUCUCUUGAGAGAGUAAAAAUGAAUUACACUGUAUCUUAUAUGAAGUAAAAAAUAAAUCAGAGGUGAGAAUAUUGUUACUGCAGGUAUGAGUCGUUGAAUUCCUAUCAUUUGUGAUGAUUGGUUAACUUCUUUUAGGUACCCUUUUUACCCUUUUUUAGUUCAGAAAUAAUUCUCCCAGCUUUAUAAAUAGUACACUAAACAUAGUUUAACUUUUUUUAAUGACUCAUUUUUUCAUUAAAAGCAUAAUGUACCAUGUUAUCAUGCCAUUAGCAGUUACUUAAAUGCUUUAAAAAUUGCUGAUUAGUUUUCAAUGUCAGUUGGUUUCAAUUUCUAGCUCUCUCUCUCCCCCACCCCCUCAUUUUCUGGUUCAAUCUUAGUAAAUUAACAUUCUGGAUUUAAUUAGUAGUUCUAAGUUACACCUGGCCUGAGUUUAUGUUAACAUGUAACCCUCAAUUGGAAAUUUUUGGAUUCUGGGAUGGUAGUACUAAAAUACUUUUUAUGUAUCAUUGCUAGGUUCCAGCCUAAUUGAGGACAUACAAAAUUGACCUCUAAUUAAGUGAAUAAUUAUUAUGGCAUUUCUUAAGCUUUGUCCAAAUUUGAGCUACAUAAAACAUUUCAGGAUUUAAAUUAGUACCAUAUCAAUUUUCUGUGAUGAUGUAUACCAACUAUAAAGCACUAUGUUGGUUUACUACUUCAGUAAAUUAUUCAUAGUGAAUUAUUUUCUAAAUUAAAAAAAAUGACUUGGCUCUUGGUAUUGAUAAUAGUAUUCACAACCUGCAUCUGUUAAGAUGUUUGAUCUUCAACCCACACAAUGUAAGAGUACUGUUGUCAUUGUUCUCAGGUAGGUGAUUCUGCCUUCCAAGAGUAUAUGUUUCUUUAAUCAGUUUAAAAGAUAAAGGCAUUUUGGGUUUUAAGACCCCUGCUUUACAUCUCAGGUAAUGUGUAGACUGUAUUUCUCUGGAACCAAAUGUAGUUUUCUACACUCAGUUGUAAAUGUUAAUCUUUCUCAAAUGUGCACAUUCUUUAAAAGUGUGUUCCUAAGUAGAAAUAUACCUAAAUGAAGAUUCUCUUAUUUUAUCAUAUAAAUUUAUGCAACCAUAAGUUCCAAAUGUAUUUUUCAAAAUGGAAUGGAAUAUCAGAGUACAUUUUCAUGUAGUUUAAAAAUCAAGGACUGUUCCUGAUUAGAUGACAUAUUUAUAAAGAGUAUUCUGUAAAAUUGGUGGCCUUCUUACCUAAGCACAUGAGUAGUUGGCUCUGCACUUUGUGUAUUUAAAAAAGGAAAAUUCAGUGGAGGCUUUUGUUUGUGUGUGUGUGGCUUUGAAAACAAAUUAUUUGAGAAAGACCAUAACACAGUGAGUAGCCUAUAUGUGGAUUUACUGAACUGUUAAUUUAAGGAUAUAUAUUAAUAGAGUAUGUUUAAAAUAAAUAUUGUUUUCAUCACUGA